AGAAAAUUAUGCGUUUUAUCGCAAAGUUGCAAUACAGUAACUUGUUUGUAAUUAGUGUUGUGUUCAGAUACGGCGCUGAGAUAUCUUCUUAUCGCUUUUCUUCUUUCCCUCUCUUCUCUCGAUAAAUGCCUUUUCGACGAUAACCCAAGCUAUUUAUUGACUUCAUGCUCGAUGGCUCAACUAGUCAAUAAGGAGCGACUGACAAUGUCACGUUUAUUGUUGAGAAAAAGUCGCAACGUUUCCCAAUUCCAGAUGACGAGACACUUAGUGACUGAUCCAAAGUAUGGAUUUUUAAAACAAUUAGGUAUCAAUAUCGAAAAUCCUGGUCUCUACGACGGAAAGUGGGGUGGAUCUGGCAAGUUGGUAGAGUCGAUAUCGCCGGCGACCGGCAAAGUGAUAGCGAAGGUCCGCGAGUCCACACCGCAAGAAGCUUGCAAUGCUGUAACGGAAGCACGUAAAGCGUGGCCAAAAUGGGCAUCUAUUCCGAUGCCAGCCAGGGGCGAUAUCGUACGUCAGAUUGGGGAUGAGCUCAGGAAAAAUUUGGAGCCAUUAGGACGCUUAGUAUCCUUGGAAAUGGGAAAGAUAUUGCCGGAGGGUAUAGGCGAGGUCCAGGAGUUCAUCGACAUAUGCGAUUACGCAGUCGGCUUGUCGCGGACGUUAUCCGGUACUGUAUUCCCGUCGGAGAGAAAGAGCCACACGCUCUUAGAGACGUGGAAUCCCUUAGGCGUAGUUGGUGUUAUCUCCGCGUUCAAUUUUCCCAUAGCGGUAUACGGCUGGAACAGUGCUAUCGCUUUGGUUUGUGGUAACACCAUCGUCUGGAAAGAGGCGUCAAGUACACCUCUAGUAGCUAUCGCGACCACCAGGAUAAUGGCGAGUGUCUUGGAACGUAAUGGUAUCCCAGGCUCCGUUGCAUCCUUGAUCACAGGUGGACCGGAUAUCGGGGAGACUCUGGUGAACGACAAACGGGUACCUCUCGUUUCGUUCACUGGAAGCACGAACGUAGGAAGACAAGUAGCUCUCAAGGUUCAGCAAAGAUUUGGAAGAUCUCUGCUGGAGCUUGGCGGUAACAAUGCAUUAAUAGUCGCAGAGGAUGCCGAUUUAGAAAUGGCAGUGAGGGCAGCGGUCUUUUCAUGCGUUGGGACAGCUGGACAAAGGUGUACCACCACCAGGAGAUUAAUAUUGCACAAGAAAAUAAAGGACGAAUUCCUAGGGAAACUGAAAACGGCAUAUAAGAGCAUAUUAGAAAGAGUCGGAGACCCGUUGGAUGACGGUGUCCUAUACGGACCGAUGCACAAUCAAGCAGCGGUCGAUGCAUACAAGGCUGCAAUUCAGAAGGCUGUGGAAGCCGGUGGCACGAUAGAAUUCGGUGGAAAGCAAAUAGAGCGACCCGGUUUUUAUGUUGAGCCGACGAUCAUCUCGGGUUUACCCGCUGGUGCAGAGGUGGUACAACAGGAAACUUUCGCCCCAAUCGUUUACAUCCUAGAGGCAAACUCUUUUGAGGAAGCUAUCGAUCUUAACAACGGCGUGGAGCAAGGACUGAGCAGUAGUCUCUUUACUAGAAGUAUCCAAAAUGUAUUUCAGUGGAUCGGUCCACACGGAUCAGAUUGCGGAAUAGUUAACGUCAACAUCGGCACCAGCGGCGCCGAGAUAGGCGGUGCGUUUGGUGGUGAAAAGGCCACAGGCGGAGGUCGCGAGAGUGGAAGCGACGCCUGGAAACACUAUAUGCGGCGUGGCACCGUUACGGUCAAUUAUGGAAACGAGCUACCUCUGGCUCAAGGCAUCAAGUUCGAAUAAAUUAAACAUGUGUAUUUUUUUUUUCUUCAAAAAAUCAGCGCUUUAAUUCAAAUCGUAUAAAAUCCACCUGAAUAUCGACGGACGCUUUUCUGUGAAAUUUGUAAGCCUUUGGCAAGUCAUAUCUGAGUUCGGCUAUCACCGUUCCUGUCGCACCAAGCUGCGUCGCCUUCGAUAAGACAUAAUCCCGCGUGCUGCUUUUAUGCAGAGAAUAAACCGCAUUGGACGAAAGCCUGAUUGCCAUCUCCAAAAACUUCAUGUCGAUGCCGGCAUUGUUUUUGGUGCCGAAAGGUGGAUUCAUUAUAACAGUAUCAAAGUAUUUUUCAAAUUUUCCUGUAACGUAAACACUCUACAUAUUUUGUAAUCUGUAAUAAAUAUGAAAUAUUUAUAUACAUAUA